GCGGGCUGAAGGGGUCGCCUGCGCACGCGCAGUUGGAAGCAGGGCCUCAAUUUUGUGGUGGUGUGGGUGAGUUGGGUGCUGUUGGACUCGUGUUGGCCCUCGGAAACCUCACGUAGCUGCUGCCAGCUUUUCCUGCCCUCGCCAUGUUCCUCACCCGGUCUGAGUACGACAGGGGUGUGAAUACUUUUUCUCCUGAAGGAAGAUUAUUUCAAGUGGAAUAUGCCAUUGAAGCUAUCAAGCUUGGUUCUACAGCCAUUGGGAUUCAGACAUCAGAGGGUGUGUGCCUAGCUGUGGAGAAGAGAAUUACCUCCCCACUAAUGGAGCCUAGCAGCAUUGAGAAAAUUGUAGAGAUUGAUGCUCACAUAGGUUGUGCCAUGAGUGGGCUAAUUGCUGAUGCUAAGACUUUAAUUGAUAAAGCCAGAGUGGAGACACAGAACCAUUGGUUCACCUACAAUGAGACAAUGACCGUGGAGAGUGUGACUCAGGCUGUGUCCAAUCUAGCUCUGCAGUUUGGAGAAGAAGAUGCAGAUCCAGGUGCUAUGUCUCGUCCCUUUGGAGUAGCACUGUUAUUUGGAGGAGUUGAUGAGAAAGGACCCCAGCUGUUUCAUAUGGACCCAUCUGGGACCUUUGUACAGUGUGAUGCUCGAGCAAUUGGCUCUGCUUCAGAGGGUGCCCAGAGCUCCUUGCAAGAAGUUUACCACAAGUCUAUGACACUGAAAGAAGCCAUCAAGUCUUCACUCAUCAUCCUCAAACAAGUAAUGGAGGAGAAGCUGAAUGCAACUAAUAUAGAGUUAGCCACGGUGCAGCCCGGCCAGAAUUUCCACAUGUUCACAAAGGAAGAACUUGAAGAGGUUAUCAAGGACAUUUAAAGAAGCAUGAUCCUCAGAACUUCUCUGGGACAAUUUCAGUUCUCUUAAAUGCUUUUAACUUUUAUUUCCAGCUCCUGUUCCUUGGAAAAUCUCCAGUGUAUGUGCAUUUUUUUUAUGAUGUCUGUACAUAAAGACAGUUCUGAAAUAAAGAAAAAUUUAAAAUUUGUUAAUAGA